AUGGUAGCGAAUAAAACUUUAUCUGAGCUAAUGGAAUCAACACAUACACGCAUUGCACGCGUCAAAAGUUUCCUACGUGACAUUCAACCUUCAAUACAAUAUCAUGUAGUUCCAAUUAUUGAUCCAUUUGGUCCUUCAAUAACUGAAAAAGAUAUACAGUGUAUCGUCGUUAGUCAAGAAACAUUAAAAGGCGGUAGCGUCGUAAAUGAAGAAAGAUCUAAGAAAGUUCGUUGUGUCAAUGAUAUAACAAAUAAUUAUGAUCCUCUUGUCAUCAAGAAAAUUGACCUAGUAGCAGCUGAAAGUAAUAAUCAACUGGAUUGGAUGCAGGAUGUAAAAAUCAGCUCUACAACAUUACGUCAAAAAAUUCUUAGUGAUCUUUUACAACCAUUGAAAGAUGAGAAAAUAAACGCUCCCUGGACUAAGAAAAUUGAGAGUUUUCUUCUGCCGGAUAUACCGAAGCAACGUCUACCUUACUUAAUUGGGCUCACAGGCGGAAUUGCUAGUGGGAAAACAUCUAUUUCAGCACGGCUGGAAAAAUUAGGAGCAGCCAUCAUUAACUGUGAUAAGCUUGCUCAUAAAGCCUAUCUUCCUGGUACUAAAUCUUACAGUGAAAUUUUAAAAGUGUUUGGAAAAGGGAUUAUCGGCGAAAAUGACUGCAUUGAUAGAAAGUCAUUAAGUGCAAUUGUAUUUGCCAAUGCUGAUCUAUUGGAGAAGCUUAAUAAUAUUGUGUGGCCAGCUGUUGCAGAUCUAGUACGACAGGAAGUCCAAAUUGCUGCUACAAAUGGAACUUCAGUUUGUGUUAUCGAAGCUGCGCUCUUGCUGGAAGCUAACUGGAAGAAAUUCUUAAAUGAGGUUUGGGUAUCGACUAUUCCAGUCAAGGAGGCAAUUACUCGGGUAGUUAAACGAGAUAACGUCAAUGAAGAGCAAGCGAAACGGAGAAUUGAAUCACAAAUGACUAAUGCGGAACGCAUCAAUCACGCUGAUGUUGUCUUAACAACAUUAUGGGAGCCUGAAAUAACACAAAAACAAGUUGAAUUUGCGUGGCAACAACUAAACCGAAGAAUCGGCCUUUAUCAAAGUCUGUCUAUUGGCCAUCCUAUUGAUAACAGACUCCAGAUGAUAUCAGACAAGCUUCGUACCCAGUACUCAAUAGAAAAUGGUAAAGACUUGUUACAAUUGGAUACAACCAAAAAGAGAUCGACGAUUACAGCAAUGCUUGACCUCUGUGAGCUCUUCUCCUAUUGGCUAAAGGAUGCCGACUUAGUUAAAUUGGCUAUCAUUUUAGCACAUUGCGACGAUCAAAAGGACGUUUCAAGAUUUUUAGAUUCAAUUUCUUCACAUGAAAAGGCUUUAAGGUCUAUACACGAAUGUUUAGAUCUGCAUAAUGAUUUACACAACUCAGGCUAUCGUAAAGGUAGAACUACGCUAGAUGGUGACUUUAUAAACGAUAUGUACUUCAUCGGAUCAUUUUUUACUGGUGAUGUCAGUGUUAGCAAUUCUGAUAUCUGCAGGCGUCAGGGGGAUCAACAUUUAAAUACUACCGAACUUCCUACUUCCGAUAACGAUCAAAUUAACGGUAUAAAAUUUAUAAAGUAUGUUAGUUGGCGUUAUAUCCUAUUUAAAGGAAAAAACAAAAAAUAUAUAAGAAUUCAAGUAAUCAACAUAGCAUGA